AUGGCAGAAAUAUCGCUUUAUCUAUCCAGCGUCAGUAUAAUGGACCCUGACAAGAGCUCUGGAAAAGAGAAGGAAUAUGAGUGUGUGGAGCUUGGUGAUCUGGACAGAAAAGAGAAAACCCCACGCCGCAUUAUUCAUUUCUCCAGUGGGGAGACCAUGGAAGAAUACAGCACAGAUGAGGAGGAGGAAGACAAAACACAGAACGCAAAGAAAGAGCUUCUGUCCUCCAUAGACACUUCCAAGCUGACCUGGGGCCCGUAUGUCUGGUUUCAGAUGUGGAGAGCAGCUUCAUCCACUAUAUCUGCUUGUGAUUUAAUCGGUGAGCGAAUGGCAUCACUUUUUGGCAUCACCUCAGCUAAAUACCAGUAUGCCAUAGAUGAAUACAGCCGGUCAAAGAGGGAGAAGGAGGAGAGAGAUGAAGAUACGCGGCUCUCUGAAGAGGCAGAGCACCUGUUUGAAGAGCAGCAAAAUGAAGAUGAAGAUCCGAAGACCAACCAGCCCGACAACAACAGCACUCAAGUACAGAUGACCAAUGAGCUGGACCUUCACCCUUCUUUUGUACCCAACACAGUUCACAUCCCAGCUCUUGUUACUAGUACUUAACUACAAACAUAUUUUGUCAUAUAAUUGUGGUUUAAACACUAGCCACUAUUCUUUAAAGCACUUAUUACCACUCUGAUUUCAAAUAGUAACUUGUGUCUUCGACUGCCUUAAUGCACUGAUCCUGGGCCAGUGAAACUAUAUAUACUGAUCAUGGUGCUAAUGAGGAGGUGAGACCAAAAAUGAAUUUGUCUAAAAAUGGAACUACACUAACAUGAUUACACUGAACAUUUCUACAGUAUGUGUAUUUUUAAUUGACUCUGUACAGUAUGUAUGUAUGAGUUAUUAUUAUUAGUGUUGUGAAACAUUUGAUGGACUUCCAUCAAUACAGAAACACAUA